UCGAUCUCUAGUUCUUAUUGUUCCUCUUAACUUUAGUUUCUUUGUUUUUUUAAUUGUGAAUAUAUAUAAAGUUUGGGAACAGACAGACGCAUACGUUUGUUUAGAACAAUAUGCAGGUCGAAUUCGGAGGAUCUGAACAAAGUGUGGAAGGAAGAGGUGGAACCCGUCUUUGCAUCUCAUGGCCUAACCUGCAGAAUGAAUGAGGUUAAACCAAUAUUGCUCCAACAAAUCUAUUGUGAUGUGAUAAAGAUAGAGAAACCAGACGGGAUGAGUGAGGAAGAAUUUUCAAGCAAUUAUGAUGAUUUCAUUGACAAAUUUGAAAACUUAUAUGAACUCCAGCGCCAGUGGUACUGCUUCGUUAUUUAUUUUGAUGAAUGUAUAACGGUUCUGGCUACUUCGUUUCAAGCAACAAGCGCAGUGAAGUGCCUUGUUCAAGAAAGCCUUUUUGGUACUAUCCCCUUUCAAGAUAAUGCUGAGAUGCUGAUAAGAUGUAUAGAAACAUACGAUAAGGAGGAAGAAACUUUAACAAAUAAUCUAGAGUUGUUCUGCUCUUUGCUUGCUGGAGUUACUGAAUAAGAUUUAAGCUACAUAAUUGCCAGCGAGGUCAUAGAAAUCCUCAUUGGAAGAUGGUUAAGACCCCGACUCUCUACAGGAAGUUAUAAUAAAUUGUUGGUACCCUGUUCUGGCUUUUGUGAUGGAAAACUUUUUAGUUUAUCUUUUUGUAUUGUGUUCCUAGCCCCUUUCAUUUUUAGUUUGUAUUUUUCCUUCACAAGUUAAUUUCAGUACAUUAAUAAAGUACACAAGGACCUAUGCGUACAUUUAAUCGGUUCUAUUUUCUAACUCGUUAGAUUUGCA